UAAAUUUUCAGAUCCCACUUCAUUUAGGGAUAGGUCACCCGAGAUUGGAAGUCGGUUCAGAUCAGCGGCAUGGAACUGAUUGUUGGCAUCUUCACUGACGCUGAAACGAGUCAAUUCCUACUCAAGCAUUAAUGCAAUCUAACACAGUGGAGCAGAAACAGUCUAAUGAAGCUGCGGGGAACGAUCUGGAGGACAACCGCUAUCAUACAGGAUUCCUCAGACGCACCACUCAGUUGCUUUCUCGGUAUGGAAUUGAAACUCAUGGCAUCGCGCCGGUGCCAGCAGAGAGACGUCUCGAGACUCGGUGGUACCAGUUGUUUUUCGUUUGGUUCUCCCCUUGCAUGAAUAUCUUGGCAUUCAGCGCUGGCACUACCGGACCUGCAUUUUAUUCCCUGGGAGUUCGCGACUCCAUGGCUAUCAUCGUCACUGUUAAUCUGGCAUGUUGUUUAAUGCCAGCGUUCUUUGCUGUUUUCGGGCCAAAGCUUGGCAUGCGAGCGAUGGUACAAGCAAGAUUCUCAUGGGGGUAUUUCGGUGCCAUCAUACCAGCCGUCUUGAAUAUCUUCUCCUUGGAAGGCUUCCUGGUCUUGAACUGCAUCGUCGGUGGACAAACGAUAGCUAGUUUGUCUUCCCAACUUGAUGAUACUCUUGGAAUCAUCAUCAUUGGCAUCAUAUCUCUUGUGGUCACUUUCUGUGGAUACCGCGUUAUCCAUUGGUACGAAAGUGUCGCCUGGAUCCCGAAUGUGAUUGUUUUUAUCACCAUGCUGGCUGUCGGUUAUCCGCAACUGCGCGAAAAUCUAUCAGUUGCCGUCCCUCCUGCAACGCCUGCUAGUGUCAUCUCUUUUGCGUCUUUUGUCGCAGUUAACAUUAUUGGCUGGUGUCCCAUGAUCUCUGAUUAUGGCAUAUACCAUAGCCCUGAUGCUUCUUCCGCGAGAAUUUUUAUAUACACGUACCUCGGAUUUUUCGUAUCUAAUGUGACUGGUCAGGCUCUGGGUGCCGCAUUCGCAGCAGCAGCUCCUAACGUGCCUGCUUGGAAUGCAGGAUUUAACAACAGCUCUUCCGUCGGUGGCUUGUUAUACAGCGUGUUGCUAUCUACUGGCGUAUUCGGAAAAAUCCUGACCGCUUUGGUCGCUCUCACCAUACCCAGCGCCUGUGCACCAACGAUGUACACGUUCAGCACUAGUUUCAUGGCUGUCGCUACGUGGUUUGCUGCGGUGCCUAGAUGGGUGUAUAUCCUCAUCUCAGAGGGAAUUCUGAUACCAGUGGCCAUUAUCGGCGCCAAAAAGUUUUAUGCUACAUUCGUUGACGUCCUUGAUAUCGUUGGAUACUGGUCAUCGGCAUUUGCUGCGAUCAUCCUCACAGAACAUGUGUUAUUCCGACGAGCCUCGUUUUCUGAGGAUCAAUAUCCCAUCACGACUUGGGCUUCGUAUGAGCUCUUGCCUAGCGGUAUCCCGGCGGUCGUUGCCUUCGUGUGCGCCUGUGGAGCUCUUGUUCCGUUCAUGUCUCAAGCUUGGUAUGUAGGACCGGUUGCGAGGCAGGGCAGUGGGGAACUUGGUGUGUUCGUGGCGUUUGUGGUGGGGACUGUCGUUUAUGCGUUGGCGAGGAGUUUGGAGUUGCGGUACAAGAAGAAGAGUAAAGCAGAUCGUUACUAUUAGUACUACUACACAUUUUGACCUGUACACGAGUUGCCUUUAAAUUUGGAUCCAAUAGAAGUUCGCUGAG